AUCUUCUUCAACAGAUAAGGCCACACGGUGACGCAAGCUUCCUUUCCAGAAAUUCCACAUUUCCUUUUUCUCUCUCACUCGCAACCACACAAGUACACAUUCACUUCUCUCUCUGUUUUUGUUCAUCAUGGAAAUCUCAUUCCCAACGCUUGCGCUUAUGUCUAUUUUUACGAUCGUGGUACUCAGAUCAGCAUGGAGCGUGCUGAGAUGGGUGUGGCUUAAGCCGAAGAAGCUAGAGAGGUGUCUGAGGGAGCAAGGUUUUAAGGGAAACUCCUACCGGAUUCUCUUUGGAGACUUGAAGGAGAGCUCUCGGAUGAUAAAUGAAGCGAGGUCUAAGCCCAUGAGCUUCACCAAUGAUAUUGCACCUCGUGUCUUUCCCUUUCCCUUUCAAACUCUGAAGAAUUAUGGUAAGAACUCCUUUACAUGGAUUGGUCCGACACCAAGGGUGCACGUUAUGGACACUGAACAAUUAAAAGAUAUCUUCUUCAAGCACUACACCUUUCAAAAGCCGCACGGAAAUCCUCUUACCAAGUUACUAGUAGCCGGUCUUGCCUCUUAUGAAGCUGAGAAAUGGGCUAAACACCGAAAGAUUAUCAAUCCAGCAUUUCAUUUAGAGAAAUUGAAGAGUUUUUUACCAGCAAUUCAUCAGAGUUGCAAUGACAUGAUUUGCAAAUGGUUAAGUUCCAUUACCAAAGAAGGGUCCAUUGAGUUAGAUGUAUGGCCCUAUCUCGAAAAUCUCGCAAGUGAUGUGAUUUCGAGAACGGCCUUUGGAAGUAGCUAUGAAGAAGGGAGACUGAUUUUCGAACUCCAAAGAGAGCAAGCAGAGCUUACGAUGAAAGCCAUACAGACUGUCUACAUUCCAGGAUGGAGGUAUCUACCAACUAAGAUGAACAGGAGGAUGAAAGAAAUUCACAAUAAAAUACAAGCAUCGCUCAAAGACCUUAUCAACAAAAGAGAGAAGGAAACAAAAGCAGGUGAGGCCAGAAAUGAUGACUUACUGGGCAUACUUAUAGAAUCCAACAUCAAAGAAAUUCAAGAGCAUGGGAACGACAAGAACAUCGGAAUGAAUCUUAAAGACGUAAUAGAGGAAUGUAAGUUGUUUUAUUUUGCUGGGCAAGAGACCACCUCUGUUUUGCUCGUUUGGACAAUGGUUAUGCUGAGUAAGUAUCCAUAUUGGCAAGCACUUGCAAGAGAAGAGGUUUUAGAAGUUUUUGGCAAAGACAAACCAGACUUCGAGGGGUUAAAUCGCUUAAAAGUUGUUACCAUGAUACUUUAUGAGGUUCUAAGACUAUACCCACCUGUAGUUGUUCUUACUCGAACAAUUCAUGAGGUUACGAAACUUGGAACAUUGUCUUUACCAGCUGGAGUUCAAAUCUCCUUGCCGACAAUCCUCAUCCAUCAUGAUCAUGAACUUUGGGGAGAUGAUGCAGACGAGUUCAAACCAGAGAGAUUCUCUGAUGGAGUCUUGGAAGCUACAAAAGGCAAACUAUCAUUUUUCCCAUUUGGAUGGGGUCCUAGGAUAUGCAUUGGACAAAACUUUGCUAUGAUUGAAGCUAAAGUAGCCCUCUCAAUGGUUCUACAACGCUUCUCUUUUGAGCUUUCACCAUCCUAUGCUCAUGCGCCUUUUAAUAUUAUUACCCUUCAACCACAAUAUGGCGCUCACAUCAUUCUACGAAAUCUGUAGAAUAGAAAUCUGUGUGGUUAAACAUGUUAAGAUGAUUUUGUUAUCAUAUUGAAACUCAUGUCAGCUAAAUUUAUUACUAAUAAUUACAGUAUGGUAUAAAAGAAAUCAA